AUGUGGUCCUCCCUUACUUCCUCUGUCUCCAACCUGGCUGGUUACGGCGCUCAGCCUGGCUCCCCUAAGCCCGGUGACAUCCCCAACGCCGGCGAGGGUGUUAAGUCAGCUGCCUCCCUUUGCAAGGAUGGAAAGUACUACUCCGAGUUGACCACCAAGGACCUCGAGUGGACCAUUGCCGCCACCGCCUCGACCGAGACCCAGACUUUCUAUUGUAUCACCGAUGAGGGUAACUUUGGUCACGUCCAAUUGAUCCACUCCAACCUCGGAAUUUGGGGCGCUCCUGCUUCGGUCCAGAUGACUGCCCGUUUCCGUGGCAACGGCAUCAGCAAGUUCUUCUCGGUCAACUUGACCAACUUUGCGCUCUCAGCAGACAAGCUGUCUGCCUCGACCAACCUUAUGUCUAUCACCAUGUCACCCGACGGCCAAAAGUUCACCAUCCAGGUCACCAACCCCCCAGAUUUGAUUGUCUCGUUGACUUUUGAGCGCACCACCAAGGGCUACAAGAUUGGUGAGGGCAAGAGCUUCUUUGGCGAUGGCUUUGUUUCCCACAAGUUCUGGCCUUCCUGCAAGGUCUCUGGAAUGAUGAUCGUCGAGGGCAAGGCUCAAGAUAUGGCUGGCGAGGGUACUUUUGUUCACGCUAUCCAAGGAAUGCGCCCUCACUUGGUCGCCUCCAAGUGGAGCUAUGUCGAUUUCAGAGGAAGCGACACCGAGACCAACAACAAGGCCAAGCUGUCGCUGAUCCAGUUCACCACACCUGAGUACUACGGAAGCACCACUGUCACGCAGGGAUCACUUGUCUUUGAUGGACAGCUUGUUGGUGUUGCUGUCGACAACAAGACUGAAGCUGUGACGAGCGAAUAUGACGAGGAGACUGGCUACAACCCCCCUACCGAGGUUAACUAUGUCUGGGAGGGCAAGGCAAUCGAGGGCGGCAAAACCUUCAAGGCUGUUCUUAACGUCAAGCCCAAGGGAUUGUGCCAAAAGGUCGAUCUCCUUGCUGAGAUCCCCUGGGCGCUCCGCAAGAUUGUGUCAACGUUUGUUGCCAAGCCCAUUAUCUACCAGUGGUACGACGAGGCCACUGCUGUGAUCACCGUUGGGGACGUCGAGCACAAGCUGGCAGGACACGUCUACCACGAGGCCACCUUCGUCAUGUAA